CAGUAAACAGAAAGCUACAGUUUGAGAGCACCAACUCCAGAAGCUCGUCAAGCUCAAAGCGAACAAUGGCGUCUUUUUCUUACUCUCAAGAUCUGACUUGCUCCGUGUGUCUCAGCCUCUUUACAGAUCCGGUGAUUCUGCUCUGUGGACAUUCUUUCUGCAGAGAAUGUAUCAGCAGUUUUCUGAGCUCACAGCAGAGCUGUCCACAAUGCAGGUCAGACGUUUCUCUGGAGAAAACACCUCUGACUACCAACCACGCUCUGAAGAGUCUCGCUGAAAGAGCCAAAGAGAACGAGAGGAUCAAGAAAGAAUGUGGAACAGACAGUCAGGUUAAUGAGUCGUUGUGCUCCGAGCAGGAAGAAAAGCUGAAGCUGUUCUGCGUCACGGAUCAGCAGUUAGUUUGCAUCAUAUGCAGAGACGGAGAGAAACACGAAGGACACAAGUUCAAACCAGUGAAAGAAGCAGCUGAGUCUAUGAAAAAGGACUAUCAGGCUUUUCUGCAAACCAUUUCUGCUGAAAUAUCUGCUGCAGAGGAAAGAGCCAAAACACAAAAUGAGGAAAUGACUAAAACUAAAGAGAAAUCUCAGAAGCUGAUGAGCCAAAUCAGCAGCCAGUUUCAGGAGAUGCACGAGUUCUUGCAGAAGAGAGAAGCUGAGAUAAAGAAUGAGCUUAGACUUAAAGAGAACGAGGAAGUCGAGAAAAUGAACCAGAGCGCCAGUGAAAUAGAAAAAGUUUUAUCAACUAAGACAGAAAUGAAGGAAAAGACUGAAUCUGUUCUGGAAAUAACUGACACAGUGGGAUUUCUGAAAAUGUGCACUGAGGGAGAAUCUCUACUUAAAACCAAAGGUUCUAUUCAACAGAAAACCAAAAAGCUCCCAGUUGUGAAUUCCUGUCUGUCCUUGGGUCCAUAUGAAAGCCACCUGCAGUUCUUUGUGUGGAAGGAGAUGCUUCAGGUCAUCAAUCCAAAACCAGAGCAGCUGUCUCUCACAAGUCAAAGUGCAGAUGCUAUUAUAUCCCAGGAUGGACGGAGUCUACGCUCUGCAUGUCAACAAUGCAAGAUAUAUCAACAAAACCAAUUAUUCAUGCAUUACAUAUACAGUUCUUUUGAUCACAGACAACAGACAAUGUACAAUCCACAACAUAGUGUUUACAAUCCACAACAGAGGGCAUUCAAUCCACAACAGAGGGCAUUCAAUCCACAACAGAGUGUAUACAAUCCACAACCAGUUACUGCACUCAGCAAAGAUCUGUUCACCUCAGGCCAGCAUUACUGGGAGGUCGAUGUUGGACAGAAUAAUUCCUGGCAACUGGGCCUCCAAGGUAAUUUCAUGAAAUAUAAUGGUGGCAAAUACACUAUUUCCACAAACAAUGUUGAGAAGAAUGUUAGUCUUACAGGACAAAUUAAGAAAUUUGGCAUUUAUUUGAACUGCUCCGCAAAAGAGCUUUCCUUUUACGACGCUGACUACAUGAAGCUCAUAAGGACCAUAACCUACCGAAACUCAAAGCCAGGGGCUGCAUAUUUUAAUAUUGGGGAUAUGGAAGGUCAGUUUUCUCUGACAGUGUGCUGGUACUGAACAGGGACGUCCCUGAAUCCUGCAGGAAAUUUCUUUUGUUCGAAUCUAGGACAUAAAAAAAUGGUUUGAAAUAAUAAUUUCUAUUCUUGAGUCUUGAGAAACACAAGUUAAUAUUUUGUUGAAUCAGUGGACUGAAGAAUGGCUUAGAAUUUUCUGGAAUCAACUUUCAAAAUAGUGAUGAUGCUCACUGAAAAAAAAUUAAAAUACAAAAAAUAAUCAGAACAGAAUAGAAAUAGAAUAGAGCAGAGCAAAAAUAAUUUGAAUAUUCUUACAGAGAAGUGAAUUAGUCUCUUAAUUUGUUAAUUUGCCCUUAAAAUAAAAAUAAAACUAUGAUGAUGAUGAUGAAACAGACUUGGACAUUACAUUUGUUAUUAGCCAUCAUAUGACGUUAAAUGAUGCAGAAAAUGCUUGUUUCCUUUUGAUCACUUCUCACAUCUUUCCAACUCUGUCAGAUGAUGGUGAAUCUUUAUCAUCUACUGCAUCUUUGACAGUACUCAGCAGUGGAGUCUGCCUUUCUUGCAGAAGAAUGUAAUUGACCUCUAAGCUGCUCUCCUAAUGUUGGCCCUUGUGGUAACCAUAUUCUAGUUUGGUCUCAUUGGCUUUCCAGACGCCGUCUGAGUGGAAGGCCUUUUUUACAAUUGCCGUAAUGAGUGGAUGGGGGCUGUCUGCUGGCAAAAAAACCUAGGGGGCAGACAGGUGACCUGCUGGAAAUUGCAAGAUUGUAGACCACUUGGUGAACCUGUCGAGUAAAAAUGUUAUUGGACAUUUUUUGUCUUUGGGUAUGCUGAGGCCAACAGGUCCUAGUGAACACUCAAGGGUACGUAAGGGCAAAUAUGCUAACACAAAUCUGUACGGCUAUUUAGAAUUGAUAUUGCCCUCCAUUUUUGCUGCAAUGCUAAUAUUAGCUUGGGGUUGUAAGGGGCUAUGAACUACUGCUGCUCUGCAGAAACUUUAUAUUGCAAACAGGAUAAUCAUAAUUUACAGCUUACUGGGAAUGCUCUGAAAAUGUAUAAUCAUGGGCCAGUUGUUCAAAAAGUUUAAUCUGGAUCAAAAUGAUCCGGAUUUGGAAAUCACAUUUUUUCCCAUGCAGGAUCAGGUAAUCCGUCUUACUUUUAUGCCGGUUUUUCAAAGCAAUAUUGGACUGGAUCACCCUGAUCCAGAUACACAGUUUUCAAGAUUACCAAAUCCAGAUUACCUGUGCUCUAAAUGGGACAACAUAUCACAACACGGGCUACCAGCUAUGUAAAG